CGCUGUACAUAUAUCCCACGAGUUCCUAAACACAUUUCAAACACGAUCAACUCCAAGCUCGCAUCUUUUUGACUGUGCCGUUGCCCCGCUAUCCCGCUAUCGGCUACUUUGAAACAAACUCGAGCUGCCCCGUGUUGCUCCGUACCUCCCUACCUUUGACCUCGGUAGCUGUGUACUGUAGCAGCUGAGCACACGAUCACCUACUAUAGUUUCGACAACACUCAAAUCAUCCUCCAUCAUCUUGGAAUCCAUUGAUUCGUCAUGGGUAAACCAAGACUUAUCAUCCUAGUCCGGCAUGCCCAGUCCGAGGGUAACAAAAACCGCGACAUUCAUCAAACCAUCCCCGACCAUCGGGUCAAGAUUACACAGGACGGAUGGCAACAAGCAUACGAGGCGGGUCGCCGCCUGCGAACGAUGCUCCGCGAGGACGAUACGCUACAUUUCUUCACAAGUCCGUACCGGAGGACGCGAGAGACCACAGAGGGUAUUCUGGCGACAUUGACCAGCGACGAUCCCGAACCGAGCCCCUUCAAGCGUGACAAUAUCAAGGUGUACGAGGAGCCGCGCCUGCGCGAGCAGGACUUUGGCAACUUCCAACCAUGCAGCGCCGAGAUGGAGCGCAUGUGGCAAGAGCGCGCAGACUACGGCCACUUCUUCUACCGCAUCCCCAACGGCGAGAGCGCCGCCGACGCCUAUGACCGCGUCAGUGGGUUCAAUGAGAGCUUGUGGCGCCAGUUUGGCGAGGACGACUUCGCGAGCGUCUGCGUGUUGGUCACCCACGGCCUCAUGUCCCGCGUCUUCCUCAUGAAGUGGUACCACUACAGCGUCGAGCACUUUGAAGAUCUGCGCAACGUAAACCACUGCGAGUUCCUCAUCAUGCGCCGCAACGACGACAGCGGCAAGUACAUACUCGAGAACAACCUACGAACGUGGUCCGGGCUGAGGAAGGAGCGCGCGCAGGAGCUGGUUGGGGACAAGGACAAGGGCGUCAAGGAGAACGGGAAAAGUAAGGACGUCUCCACGCUCGCGCGCGCUGCUACGGUUGAGGUCCGACGUCGCUGGGGCGGUUGCCCGAACGGUUGCGAUCACGACAAGAGUUUCAAGAUCCGCCAGACCCUGGCUGACCUCGUGAAGAGCGACAGUAUCAUCUCUAACCACGCCGUCGGCCUGGCCGUGAGCGAGGACGGCAGCAGCGGCAGUAACAGCACCGCCGUGCCCAACGGCAACGGCGCCAAAGCCGGCUUGACCUGCGGCAUCAUCAACCCAUCAUUCGACGGGACCGCCAACAGCCAGACGCUCGUCAACCGUCGACCAGCCGCAAAACGGUUCCAGUCCCAGACCACCGACGAGGCCAGCGACGCGCCCGAGUUCACCGUAACAGGGCCCCAAAUCGACGUGACCAAGGCCCGCGAUGAAGUCGUCUCCAGCCCCGACGGCACCCCCUCCUUCAUCUCCGUCGAAGAUCGCCUCCGCUCCCGGCUCAAGAGCCCCAACCUCCCACCGCGCCCGCUCGAGCUCACCCAACUCCACGUCGGCCGCGACUUCGGCGGCACCUACAGCGGGCACAACAGCGCGGGGAGCGACGACGCCGACUCGGAAGACGACCGCGGCGGCCACCACCGCCGCGCAGCCGCCAUCGCCACCCCCUCCCCCUCUUCCACAGCCAGCACCUCCAGCCCCACCACCGCCGCCGGCGCUGCCAACGGCGGCACCAGAACCCAACAACCCGGCCCCACCGGCCUCGGCAUCCCCGCGUCGGCCAUCCCCCUCCACCACCGGCCCCCCAAACACUUCCACCCUCACCACCACCACCACCACCAGAGGGAGAGGGAGCAGUCCCGCAUGGGCCGCGGCACGCGCGCCAACCGCCUGGGCGACCACCACAGCAGCGACGGGGAGCACGAGGCCGACUGCGAGCAUGAGCACGAGCAUGAGCAUGAGCAUGGGAAUGAGCAUGGGAAUGGCGCCGCCGUCGCAGGGGGGGGAGGGGGAGGGCAUGAGGAGAGCGGGUCGGAGCUGACGCGCGAGUUGGCGGAUGAGGCGGAUGAGGUGCUCGCGAGGGAGGAGCGCGAGGAUCGGAGUAUUAUGGGCAGUGUUUACUGACUGGGUGGGUAGCCUGCCAGGCUACGG